UCUCUCUGCUGCCCCCAGUAUCGACCUGAGGUCUGUUGCAGACUGGAAUGUUUUGGUAGCCAAUUGGAUGCUGGUGCGACUGAGAUCGCGGUGCAUCUCAACUGUCACUGCUGCCUGUCCGCUUUUAUACACGCUGAGGCUGGUUAGUACUGUAGCACUAGGGGAUGGCGUAUAGGAAGUAAUGGAUCCCAUUGAAGAAAAACCGAGCAAAACUGUCGACAUUUAUCGCGACACAUGGGUCCGCUUGCUAGGCUAUGCUAAUGAGGUCGGGGAGUCUUUUCGUGCUCUGGUGCCAGUGAGUCUGGUAUGGGGCAGCUAUGCUGUGGCCACUGCGUACGUUACAGCUGAUGCUGUUGACAAAGGGAAGAAAGCAGCUGUGGCCCAUGGGGACAAUCCGGGGAAGACGACACAGGUGGCAGUGGCAGUGGUGGACACGUUUGUGUGGCAGGCCCUCGCCUCUGUGAUCAUCCCAGGUUUCACUAUUAACCGCGUGUGUGCCGCUUCACUCUUCCUGCUGGGCAGAACCACCAAGUGGCCCCUGCCUGUCCGCAAGUGGGCCACCACAGCUAUCGGCCUCUCCACAAUCCCCUUCAUCAUUACUCCUAUAGACAGGUCAGUGGAUUUCCUGCUGGAUUCGAGCCUUAGGAAGGUCUACAGUGAGGGAGAAAAGCACAAAUAAGGUCAUCAAGGACAGACUGUGAGGUCAGGUCCUCCUAGGCAGAGACCAGUGCCAUCUACGCAGACCUGUGCUGGUUAUCCACCACUGUGAAGCAGUAAAGAUGUGUGAAGAAGGAUGUCAUGAAGCAAGAUUUCAGUUAAAAAUACACAUAAAAUAGAUUUUAUUUCUGAAUGAUAAUAUAUCAGUUGUUGUGAAAGAUCCCCCUGGGGGAUCCUUAACUUUAACUUCUCAGGGCCAUCUGGGUAGCAGCACCAAAAAUAUGUUUAACGUAACAGAAUGAAAUAUGUAUAAAUACUUGACACAGUGAAAUCCUGCUAUUUGCAGUAUUUUUCAGCAGGGGUACAGUGUGCUGUUACUGUAUAUUCCAGUGAUCAUGCCUUCAUGGGCUAGGAUUUUGGGUCAUUUCUCAGGCCUGCACAUUAUGUCAAAAUGUCAAGAGAUGAAAUGUACAUCAGCCGUUUUCAGUGGUACAGUAUUGACAGGCCAAAAGCCAGUUUGCCAUGAUGUCCUUUACUUACAUUACUUACUUAAAGCUAGUCUUAGACUGUUUUUUUAACAACAGUUAUAGUCGGUAUGCAGUCAUUUGUUCUCUUAAAGAACAUGUAGUAAUACCAAGUAGUGCACCAGUACCUAAGAGUUUCUCAAUACAUUUGUAGUCAGACAGUCCUAACAUAAAAUACUGUAA